AUGGGUGAUCGUAAAGUUACCAACAAAUACAUUCCGGCGGAUUUUGAUCCCAAACUUAUUCCGCGCGGCAAGAAGCUUUCGGCGAAAGAUGGUACCGUUCCCGUACGAAUGAUGUUGCCCUUUUCCAUCCAGUGCAGCACCUGCAAUACCUUUAUGUACCGGGGACGGAAAUUCAAUUCAAAGAAAGAACCCGUGGGUGGGUCGGAAGGUCGGUACUUGGGAAUCCAGCGGUGGCGGUUUUACAUCAAGUGCACGCACUGUUCACGACCCGUUACCUUUUUGACGGAUCCCAAGAAUGCCGACUACGAAAUGGAAAGCGGCGCGUCGCGAAAUUACGAAGUCUACAAAGACAAGGAACAAACGGAA